AAUGAGUGGGGCAGAGAGAGCAGAACCAAUGAUGGAAAAGACAUGCAUCAUCCUGCGGAAAUACCUUAACAAAGUGCCUGCUGCAGCGAUGUCUGAGAUCAAACAGGAAUGGCCAUUUCUCUUCUCUCAGAAAUGCCUAUUCUCACACUUAGACCUCCUGAUGGACGUUGAUGUCCUUCAGAAGCUACAGGAGGAAAUUAGUCGAAGAGGACAGACCAUCCUGGAUUACCGUGCAACACUGGACAACCCCAAGAUCCGUGAUGUUCUGGCCUGCUAUGAUCCAGACUCUGACAAGGCUGCCUGCAUCCUGCUGCUCCUAAUGUUGUACUUCAAAGAGCCGAAAGAGAGUUUGAUGCUUGAAGUUCAUCCAUGUGCCACUGCUGUGGACGUCAAUACUGCAGAACUCCCCGGAACCCCGUGCUUGAUCAUUCAAGGUGACAUGAUGAAGCCCUCUGGAUGGCUUAUAUCCAUCGAGGGACAUGUCGUGAUGGGCCCACACCCUUUAUUUUUACAUGGAGUAGCUGCUUUCUUCAGCAGCUAUUACGUAUUCAACCUUGAGUAUCCUACCGCUGGAUCUUCGACACUGGAGUUCAUUCAAAGGUGCUUCCUGGGCAUCAAUCCUGAAAGAGGCUCAAAGACCAAGAAGCGGACAACAAUGAACCCUCAUGUGAGCACCCUUUUUUUGCAGCGGUAGUUGUCAG